CACGUGUAUUCCGGCCGCGGGCGCUAAGAUCUUGGUGAUUUGUCACCUACCGCUGUGGUAUGUUUACUGAUAUAAGUUAGGCGGGAGCUGGAGAUCUCGCUUUCUCACCUUCUUAUAUCUUCUUUUUGCCUGCCAGGUCUGAUAUUUAUAUAUCUCUCUGUUUUGCUGUUUUUCCAUCUCUUUCUGCAAUCCAUCUAUUUCAUCAAUUACCAUGAACAGACUUAAGGAAAAAAUUGAAAGUUUAAAACUUGAAACCGUAAAAUGGCAAGAAACUGCUGAACAAUUACAAGAAAAGAUCAAAGUCUUGGAACAAGAAAACCUUGAAAAGGACAAUCAAAUCCAAUCUUUGACCGUCAAAAAUGAAAGAUUAGAAGGUGAAGCUGAAAAAUUAGAAGGCCAACUUGCUAAAUUAAAAGAAAGUGCUGAAGAAUCAACUUCUUUAAAGACACAUAACGAUAACUUUACAAAGAAAAACCAAAUGUUGGAAGAUGAAUUAGAAAUCUCUGAUAAAAACUUGAAAGAAACAACUCAAAAAUUAAGAGAGACUGAUAUCAAAGCUGAGCAAUUAGAGAAAAAAGUCAAUAGUUUAGAAGACCAAAAAGAAGAAUUGGAAAAGAAAUACGAAGAAUUAAAAGCUAAAAAUAAAAUUGUCGAAGACGAAUUGGAAGCAAUCUCUUCUCAACUUGAUGCUCUAUAAUCUGAUUCUGUCUAAUUCUAUCUGCUUGUUGAAAAUUCUCUUUACCUUUUACUCUUUAAAUUAAUCAUCCAAUCGGUUAAUUAACUAUUUAAUUAAUUGAUUGAUUCUAUUAUUUAAAUAUAUCAUCUAUAUCACUUAUAUCAUCUAUAUCAUUUAUAUCAUUUUCAUUAAAUGAUCGCCCCUUUAAUUGAUUCUCAUUGUUUUUGAUUUAUGUUUUUGACUACUUAUUCCCUACUUUUCAUUUGUUAUUUACUAUCAAUAAAUGUCCUUUUUUAACAUUCUUUUUUUCUCUCUUAACUCUUUUCUUUCAAUUUUUACUAACAAAAAGAAGUUGCUGUUUGCUAUUUACAUAGAAAUUCUUUUGGUUUUCUUUUUCAUUUAUCUAUCUCCAAUCGCAAAAAAU